UACACCCCAAUAGAAAGUAGGCCUAAUUUUUAUGAGCGAGUUUUAUUCUACCCUAUCUGAAAAACACAUGAAAUAAGUUCAAUUGUUUAAUUGCGCGUGUUUGUGUGCAACAAGUGUAGCGUUCUCUUUGUAGUAGGCUAAUCGUGUAGCCUAGACGCUGUAGAUCAGCUAUCUCUUCAAACAAACAUAUCAAAUGAGUAUGAAGACGAGAAGACAUAAGGAUUCUGGAUUUUAAGAGAACCCUGACAUGUCUGGCCCCACCUGGCUGCCGCCAAGGACUCUGAGUAGCCCAGAGAGAACUGUUCCUCAGAUGUCCCACUCCGGGCCAGCCAUGUACAGACAGCCGCCCAUGAAGGUCUCCUCGGACCCCCGGCCCAAGUAUGGGGUCUAUGACCAGAAAGGAGGUGGAGGAGGACUGGCCACUAGGUACAUGGCUACUGGACCCACAGGUGGACCCAUGCAGCACCAAGAGGACACAGGGUUUCACCCUAAAUCUAACGACCACUACUACCAACCACCUCCCCACGGGCUCAAAGAAGACCGGUCCUGGAACCCUCACAUGGACAGCUAUGAGCUAAUGCAUCGUGGACCUGACAAGCCAAGUGGACACCACUCCAACCUCGAUGCAGAGAUUGACUCUCUCACCUGCAUGCUGGCCGAUCUGGACAGCCAUCCACAGAACAGCACACAGCUGUACGAUAACGUGCCUUACAACAAACACAUCUCAGGGGACCGCUACAAACCCUCAACCCAGCCAGGAGCACUCUCUCAGGGCAGGCCGUCCAUGGGUUACCCCCCCCAGUCCCAGUACCAUCCAGCACCCCCUUACCCCAGUGAUCCCCACCAGGUUCCCCAGUACUCCCCCCAGCCAGACUACACCUACGCCCAGGUGUCCAAACCCUACCCUCAGCCCGUCCCUGCCUCCUAUACCACCUCUUCCACCCCUACUGGCCCGAGGUUCAGCGUCCAGGUCAAAACAGCCCAGCCUGUCACCUACUCCCAAACUGGUAGACAAGCCGAGCAGGCUUACACCCCUCCUCCGCCCCACCAGCACUCCUCGCGCCCCCCACCCCAAAACCAGACGGGCCCCCAGGGCUGGUACCCUCCCCAUCCCGCAUCCCAAGCCCAGGAGCUGCACUCUGAUGGGGGUUACAAGGAGAUCCCCGGGGGGUCUAGAGGGCGAGGGAACCAGGGCCCCACGCCCAAGAGAGGCCUGGAGAAUCACCAACCAGGGUCAAGAGAGGCCCCAAGUCCUGCCUAUCAGCCCAGCAAGGGGUCAGCAGCUCCGAGGCAAGAGGAGGAAUUGGACCGGCUCACUAAGAAGUUGGUGUAUGACAUGAAUCACCCACCUACAGAGGAAUACUUUGGUCGCUGUGCGCGUUGCGGUGACAAUGUGCUUGGUGACGGCAGUGGCUGUAUCGCCAUGGAGCAGGUGUUCCACGUGGAGUGUUUCACCUGCAUCACCUGCCACGCCCGUCUCCGGGGGCAACCCUUCUACGCCCUGGACAAGAAGAGCUACUGCGAAAGCUGUUACAUUAGUACCCUAGAGCGCUGCUCUAAGUGCUCCAAACCCAUCUUGGACCGUAUCCUGCGGGCCAUGGGAAAGGCCUACCACCCGCGCUGCUUCAACUGUGUGGUGUGUGGCUGCUGCCUGGACGGGGUUCCCUUCACUGUGGACGCCACCUCCCAGAUUCACUGCAUAGAUGACUUCCACAGGAAGUUUGCCCCCCGCUGCUCAGUGUGUGGCCAGGCCAUCAUGCCCGAACCGGGACAGGAGGAGACCGUCAGGAUAGUGGCGCUGGACCGCAGCUUCCACGUCAACUGCUACGUGUGUGAGGAGUGUGGUCUGCUCCUGUCCUCCGAGGGUGAGGGGCGAGGCUGUUACCCUCUGGAUGGUCACAUCCUGUGUAAGGGCUGCAGCGCCCGCCGCAUCCAGGACCUUUCCGCCAAAAUCUCCACUGACUGCUAACCAACUAGGGGACGUCACCUCUGACCCCACAAUCCUUCCAUUACUUUCCCCUGCUCUGAGGUAGAAGUUGCCCUAACGAAUAUAUCUGAGACCAGUUUCACCCCUCUCCAAAUCAUAACCUUAACCACAAGGGGGAAAUGUUAAACUAAGGGCAACUUUGUCCUUCUCUACUUUUUCAUACUCUUCUAGUCAAUCUUCGUUCUUCAGAUGCCCAAAGCUGUGGAAUCAGUAGUACCACGUCACCUCAAACUGCCUAUGACAGUCUUCAAUAUGAUGCCAUUAUUUAAUUUCACUUGACUAGGUUUAUUGAUACAUAAUUACAGGUUAAAGACAGGGUAUUGUAACAUGGAUUGACAACAAGUUCCACCACUAUUCCCUAAUCCUUGUCCUCUGGUUUAUACUAGCUAUCACCUAUCCUCUAUAUUGUAUCCUGUACCCCUACUCCCUAUCUACUACACCCUAUCCCCUACCCUUCAGCGCAUACCAGUAUUGUAUAGAGCCUCUGACCUGCAGGCAGCAGGGGCUGCACUAACCCCCCUCCCCCUUCCCCACCCACUGCUUAUGUCACACUAAUCCUGCAUGUCCUACACUAUGUCUUACACUCUAUCCUGCCAGACAUAGAGGGGACAUGGAAGGAGCUCUAUAAUGGCAAAUAAUGAUUGAUGGAUAUCGGAUAGGAAUAUUAGGUGGUGAUGAUGAUUGAGGAAGACUAUAUCUUUCUGCCAUCUGACCAGUCCAGAUAAUGGAACAUAUAUAUAUUUUGUAUGCCACUAAAGUCAAUAAAAAACGCUGAACUGCCUCGCAUGAAAAAAACGCACAUAUGCAAAUGAUAUGUGAGACAGAGCAUAUGUUGCGGGUUGAUUUGGUUAUGGAGUGAAUGGGUUUGCAUACGUUUCAUAGGAGAAGAAGUAGCUGUAGUUGGAUUGAUUUGUGAAUAGAAUAGAGGACACAGAAAGAUUAGGUAGUCAUAAAAAGCAGAUCGCUAAAGUCAAUGCUGUGACCCUAUUUAAUGUUGAAACAGUCCGUUUGUGUCAAGAUGAUAACUUGGCAGCUGACAUGUUUGCCUUGUCAAAACAGAACAGCGAUUUGCAUCAUGAUAAUUGGUACUGCAUUUCCGAGAAUGUUACUUGUAAGCCAGCCAAAACUCCAAACCCCAUCUUCAAAAUUUGAAUGCGCUUUUUAUUACUAUAAUAUCAUUUCUCUUAACAUUUGUGUUGAUUUAUACUUGACUGUUACAAUGGUGAAGAAGGUGCAAUGAAGUCUAAUGCAAUUGUCUUACUGAGAAACAGGGAUCUCAUCCUCUUGUGUUCUUUAUGGGUUUUUGUUUUAGCUUAAGAGUUAGAUUUGCGUCGCUAAUCCAUAUCCUCAUGGCACUAGCGGCCAUGUUGAAGCAUCUAUGAGACAUUGGAGUCCUUCUCACAUUGUUUUGAUGUCAUUUGUCGUUGUGUUUCGCCGUCCCGCGGUCUUAAUUUGUUUUGCAACGUAAAAGCGGCUCGUAUGAUUUUCAUUUCACACGCCUUCAAAACCCAAAUCUGUGUUUGUGUCUGGAAUCACAGUACUUGAUCCUUUUCCCUCAGUAUUUGUCUCUGCGCACAAAGAUAUGAAGAUCUCUGUGUGAGCCCUGUGAGUUGCAUUUUCCACUUUUGCGUAUUUAUUUCAACUCCUGUUAUACACUCAUUGUUUCUAAGUCUGUGUUUAUGGUCGUCACUGCGUGUAAAUGU